AUGGAUCUCCGUCGAUUUCUUGAUCAAGAUGUUAUGUUCGCCGUGCUUGUAGAGCUCGGCUUCCAGCACAAAUACCAGCAUUCCAAUGGCCAAGGCGGAACUACCUACGCCGGAUUGCAGAUCGCCGAAGAAAACAAUAUGACAAAGAAGAAAGUGAGCAUAUUAGAUGAACAUGGCAGAGAGAAUUCAGAAGAACAACAAAAAAGGAUAAACGUGGCAAAAAGUACAAAAAAGUGA